AAAAAAAAAAAAAACAAAAAGAAAAAGAGAGGUUGUUUUUGACAAAUUUACUUUUAUUUUCCAGUGGCGUUUUCCCUUCUUCGUCAAUCUUCAACCCAGCUGCUAAAAUCUUGUGAUUCUUGAAUCUUGAUCGUCGUAUUUCGGCGUCUUGUUUAUCCAAAAUCUGGGUGCAGUUGAUUUUUUUUUUCCCCUACAUAAAAGCCGAGGUGGGAUAAUCUUAAUUUCGAGGAAAUAUGUCUGGUAGGUUACUAAGAAAAGUUUUGAAGGAACAAGAGCAGAUUCAGCAGAACCAGAAACAAGAGGACAAUGUUAUCGCAGAAGAGCUGCAGGAAAACGUUGAUGAUGAUGAAUCUGACUCUGAUGCUCAUCCUAAAAACCCUUUUGAUCUCCUCAAUGAUGGUGAUGAUGAUGACCAUGAGAGUGAAGAGGAAGUUGAGUCCAGUGCCGUAGAUGAUGCCUUGGCAGAAAAUAUCAAUGAUUCAGGAUCUUUUAUGAGAAGCAAUGCCCCUACAGUUCCAGCAUCUAAUAAGAAAUCAAAGAAAAAGAAAAAGAAGAAAAACAAAGAGGUUUCAUUUGCGAAUUCUGAUCUAUUUAAAAAGUCUGUGGAGGUCGAUUUAGAAGCUUUAUCUCUUGAUAUUGAUUCUGCCCGUGAAGCUAGCUCCAGUAAGAAUGCCAUAGUACGUAAUAAUGUUAUUAAACAGUCCAUAUCCUCCAUUCUGAAGGUGGAUCCUAAGUUCUUGAAUGCUGAAUACGAGCUAAGGAGAAUAUUUGGUUCAAAGGUAGUGAGUUCUUUUGAGAAUGCUAAUCAAGCCGGCACUUCUAGGCAAGUGCGUGGUGGAAGACGCGGACAAUACAGUCACAAAAAGUGUAUUCUCCUCUCCCCAAAUGAUCACUGGCCACGCUGGGAUGGGUCUCUUUCCAUGGAGCUUUUAGAGACUAAAGGCGGGAACAAUUACUUUAGAUAUGUGCACUCAGCUUCGUACAGCCACGUCCAAAGGGCUUUUGAAGCUGCCAAGGCAAUCCAUGAUCUGAAUGGCGUGGCAAGCAUUUUGAUACACCAUCCUUACCAUGUGGAUUCACUCAUGACAUUGGCAGAUUACUUUAGAUUCUCAGGUGAACAUCAAAUGGCAGCAGAUUCUAUUGCUAAAUGUUUGUAUGCCUUGGAGUGCGCAUGGCAUCCUAUGUUCAGCCCCUUGCAGGGAGAUUGCAGACUGGAAUAUACUCAUGAAACGAACAAGCCGUUGUUUUCUUCACUUUUUAGUCACAUGAAAAACUUAGACAGGCGAGGUUGUCAUCGUUCGGCUUUAGAAGUCUGCAAAUUAUUACUUUCACUUGAUCCUGCUGAUCCCAUGGGUGCAAUGUUCUGUAUUGAUUACUUCUCCCUGAGGGCAGAAGAGUACGCAUGGCUAGAACAGUUUUCCGAUGAAUAUCAAAGUGAUAACUCUUUAUGGAACUUUCCAAACUUUGCUUAUUCUCUUGCCAUUUGCCGAUUUUAUCUGGAGCGUGACUCGUCUACCAAGGAUGGUAAAAUUGUGCAUGACAGAGAGACUUCAUUAGGUCUGAUGAAGCAGGCUUUGAUGCUUCACCCUCCAGUUCUUAAGAGGCUAGUGGAAAAGGUUCCCUUGAAAGAUCAGGCAUUGACAACCAUAACAAAAAGUCCUUUCUUCAAAUCUGAAGAUACAGGAAUUCCCUCUUUGGAUCACUUAAUCAGGAUAUAUAUUGAGAGGAGUUACAUCAUCUGGAGAUUGCCUGAUGUGCAGAAAUUGUUGAAGGAUGCCGCUCUAGAUGUGAUUGAAUCUCUGAAGCAUGAUUCUAGUGAAGCCAAUACUUGGGCUUGUGUCAGAAAAGAAGCGUUUCCCUCAGACAAGAAUGAGUAUGCACAUUUGAUGGUAUCAGAGUUCUCUGACACUGUAGCGACCAUGCCACCUGAGAACCUGCAAAACUUCAUGGUGAUAGACCCAAGGAUGAGAGAGAUGGUAGAGAAUCAAGACCAGGGUGCCAAUGUGCAGGUUCGUGCCCCGCGUGAGUUAGCUAAUCGCAGUCCGCUUGCUGUGUUACUUGAAUCGUUUCUACCAUGGGUAGAUUAUGGAGCUGAUGAAGGUGAGAAUGAUCAACCCAAUGGAAAUCAUCAAGAUAAUGAACAUCUUUGAUUUUCGGAGCCUCUAGUUUUCAGGUGAUUAUGAAACUGAAAAGUUUACCAUUAUACUUGUAUACAUGAGUGGACUUAGAUAAUUUGUUUGUAAUACUAUUAAGUGGGCUCUUCUGCCUGUACAAAUACUAGGAAAUGGUUUUGGGGAUUUCUUCUGAAUUAGCUGGCUUAUUGUAUCUACAACAAGCACUCCAAAAACUACGAGUUCUGGAGAUUUUAUUUUCUUGCUUUACCGUGAAAUUAUGUUGAUUCGUUAGCAUGUUUAUGAACA